GAAGUAGUUUUUUCCAGAUGAUAUACUGGCACAACAGAAAAAUGAUAGGAAAAUUUUUGAAGAAGUAUACUGUUUUUCUACAGUCGUUUUCAAUUAAAGAAUGAUAGUUUUGCGUAGAUGUUUAUAUUUGUCCGUGGGAUUUCCUACAUAGUUUUUGUUGAAAAUAUGUGGCUACAACAUCAACGUCUUCCUAUUACGGAAAUUAUGAGCUUUUGUCAAUCGCGACAUGAACCAAUAUCAGAGGAAUAUUUCUCUGAUGAAAGAUGAUGAGGAGAAAGAUAACGAUUGAUCUAAUCAUAGAAGAAGAUGCGAUCAAAAGGUUUAACAUCCAAAGAAGUAAUUAUUACAUACCCAGCUACAAGCUAAAAUUUGUCUACUAAAAUGGCUAUAACUCUGGAGGGAAGGCCUAAGCGCACGUAUCCUUUUGGAGUUUUUCACACCUCAUCGAGGUCUACCUAUCGCCAAAAGAUGGAGUCUAAACGGCUUAAACACCUCGGUAUGUUUCCUCGUCAGUAUAUUUUUUAUUGCGCGCUCAGUAUUUUUGCUUACGAGGGAACAUUCCCAAGUGAUCCGCUCCGUUUGCAUUCAUACUUUGUUCAUAUGUAGGGAUUAGUAUAUAUAUGUACAUAUUAAAAUAAAUAUAGACCCUGUCGUUUAACAAAAUAAUAAUGUAAAGUUUAAAAUCAUAAGAUUUGAUACGCUUUAAGAUAUUAUCAAAACAAUAUUACUGACGUUAAUCUUAUAUGACAUAUAUCCUUGUAGAGGGUCUAGGAAGUUUUAAUUUUUCCACAGACUCAGAUUUUAAUAAACACUAUAAAUUAGAAAUACACAUUGACUUAAUUAGCACUACAAAUCUAUUUUUUAUCAAAAAUUUUCCCAAACUAUUUAUUAUCGUAAUAUAUCUUAUUUUAUUAUAUUGAUUCGAGAUAUAUCAACAUAUGAUCAAAUGCGUCAACUCUUGGAGAACAAGAUAUAUAAUUGGAAUUCAUUUUCGUCUAUAUAAUAAUGAAACGUGUGGACAGAUAAAGUUGUGGGUCCCAUAUCUUCCUAAACGAACGGUAUUCUAAGCUGACUUUUUUACUGUAAAUAAAACUCAUCGAGCUUUAUAAGAUAGCAUAACUUUCAGUCGAUUCAAAGAACUCAUGUGUUUUCGUGGUCGAAACUCCAUGAAAUAGGUCAUAACUAUUUUCAUAUGAAAAGUUACUGUAGGGCAAAUCUUUGUAAAGAAUAGGAUAGAGGAAGAAAUUGUGCAUAAACUGAGAUGUUUGAACUCUAUAUUGUUCUACUUUUAAGUUUUAUAUCAACAAUCUUUUCAGUAAAUCUGUACAAAUUCUCUCAAUAUUUCAAAUAAAGAAAUCAUUAUUUCAUCUAGAAUUGCUGUUUGUCUCAUGUGAAGUUUGGAAUCGGUCGACUUUUUGGGACCCGAUCAGACUCGACGCGAGUCGGACCCUAUUAAACACUGUCUCCUAGUGAAAAAAGAAAAGUGAUAUCCCUUGCUUUUGCUUCGCACAUCAAGAAAUACAAAAAAUCCAUCUCGGUGUCCGAAUACUUUAUUAACUGAUUGUAUAUAUUUAUGAAAUUACAGUAAUAAAAAAACGUUAAUCAGAUGGUAAAUCUAUUAAAAAUGAUGAUGAUGAACACAAGAAUGGAUAUACUAAUGAAAAUCAACAAUGACUUAAACCAAAAAAACUAAAGUAUAAAAACCAUAUUUCUUCGAAUAAUUUGCAAAUUUUUAUUUUUAGAAAUUAUGUGAUGAUGAUGAAACAAAUGAAUCAAUGGAUGAAGAUAUUCUAUAGGAUAAUGAUUUUAGUGAUAUUAAAAGUACAAGUGAAGAAGAAGAUGAUGAAACUAAAUUUCGUUAAAUAAACGUUUCCUUUUUUCGUUUAAAUAUAUUUUUAAUUAAAUUAGCUUGAUAUUGAAAAAAAUCUAAAACAUGACGUGAAAAACAACGUCAAACAAAAGAAUGUUCAGAACAAGAAUUAUUAACUAAUAUUCAACGAUAAAUAAAAGUUCAAUUUCCUAGUGGACAACAAAUAACAAAAGAAGGUUAAUGAAAAAAAACAAUAAUUUCAUUAAAAAAAUUCUUUUGUUAAGCUCCACAAGCUGAUUUACAAUUAUUAAUGUAUCGUAUUCGUAUAGGAAUUAAUAUUUUAAAUGAUUUUAAAAAUAAACGAGAAUUAAAUUGUUUUUUACCUGUUAUGGCAUUAACACCUCAACCUAAUGAAAGAAUUUUAGAUACAUGUACAGCUCCGGAUUUAAAAUUAGAUGCAUUAAUGAGAAAUAGUGGUACAUUAGUAGUAAAUGAUGCUAAUAAAAUCGUGUAA